AUGCCAAAUUCUCCUAAAAAGUCGUCUAAGAGAGUAAUUAAGGAAGAGAAAGUUGAAGAUAAGCAUGGCAAAAAUCUGAAGCAGGCAAAGUUGGACAUAUUUUCAUCAGUUACUAAGGCUGAGUUAAAAAUAAGAGAUGAUUUAGAUCACACAUUUGAGGGUCACAAAGAGCUAGCAAAGAAAUAUCGAAAAUUUGUGGGAGCUCACGUUAGUGCAUCAGGAGGAGUAGAUAAAUCCGUGAAUAAUUCAGUAAAUAUAGCAGGGACAGCAUUUUCUAUGUUUCUUAAACCAUCUCGUGGAUGGAAUGCUCCUCCCUUGAAGCAAACAACAAUUGACCUUUUUAAAAAAAAUUGUGAAAUUAAUGAGAUUGAUUAUCAUAAGUUUUGUAUUCCACAUGGCUCUUAUUUGAUAAAUUUGGGAAACCCGGAUGAAGAGAAAAGAAGUAAAAUGUACAUAGCAUUUGAAGACGAGCUCAAAAGAUGUGAUGCAUUGGGAAUUAAACUUUACAAUUUUCAUCCCGGGUCUACUGUUGGGCAGUGCACUAAAGAAGAAUCCAUUAAAUUUAUUUCGGACUGCAUUAAUAAAGCUCACCAACAGACUCACUCAGUGAUUACUGUUUUGGAAAACUGCGCAGAAUCUAAAUGUGUUGGUUACAAAUUUAAAGAGCUUGCUGAGAUAAUCGAUAAAGUUAAAGAUAAAAGCCGUGUUGGAGUUUGCCUCGAUACAUGCCACCUUUUUGCAGCAGGAUAUGAUGUUAGAACAGCAGAAAGCUUUAGUAAAGUGAUGGUAGAAUUCGAAGAUGUAAUUGGACUUAAAUAUUUAAAGGCAAUGCAUUUAAAUGAUUCAAAAGGGCAGUUCAAAUCUGGCUUAGACAGACAUGAAAAUUUGGGAAAGGGUAAUAUUGGUAUGGAAUGUUUUAAGUUUAUCAUGAACGAUUCAAGAUUUAACGAUAUCCCUUUAAUACUUGAAACUCCUGACCCAAAUAAUGAUGAUAGAAUUUACAAAAAAGAAAUUGCCACAUUAUAUGACAUGUUGGUUCAAAACGAAGUAAAUAAAUGA